AUGUCCAAGGCAGUGUAUAUUGAGCCCAUCGAUGGCAAGUCUGGCAAGCCAGGCCAAGUCUACUACCCGCUCACAAUCCGCACUCAACCCCGGCCUGUCCCUCAGGGUCGCGAGUUGCUCGUGAAGUUGUCUGCCGCUUCCCUCAAUCACCGGGACCUUUUCCUUCGCCAGCAUCUUUACCCGGGUGUGACAUUUGAUGUUCCCCUGUUAGCUGAUGGUGUAGGUGUUGUUGUCGGUGCUGGUCCCGAUGUUGCGAACGCAGAUCAGUGGCAGGGAAAACGCGUCAUCUUGAAUCCCGGUGUGGGCUGGAAGGACUCGCCUGAUGGCCCGGAAGAGGCCACAGGAUACCGAAUUAUGGGAGGUACCAAGGUCUAUAACAAGGGCACACUUCAAGAGUACAUAGUUAUCGAAGACUCUGAGGUGGAAGAAGCCCCUGAGCAUCUGACCGACGCUGAAGCGGCUGCUCUUCCAUUGACAGGCCUCACCGGAUGGAGAGCGCUGGUGUCCAAGGCUGGUGAAAGAAAUUCCAGCGAUGGUGCUGCUGUUCUGAUCACUGGUAUCGGAGGCGGCGUCGCACUUAUUACGCUGCGUUUCGCAGUGGCCCGAGGCGCUCACGUCUUCGUGACAAGCUCCAGCGAGGAGAAGAUUCAGAAAGCCGUUGAACUGGGCGCAAGUGGUGGUGUGAGCUAUAAAGAGGAAGGUUGGGAAAAGAAGCUGCUUAGUAUGCUCCCAUCGGGCAAGAAGAACUUUGACGCCAUCAUCGACGGCGCUGGAGGUGACUCAAUCGAGAAAGCUGCCAAGCUGCUCAAGGCUGGUGGUGUCCUCUCAAUUUAUGGAAUGACAGUGUCUCCGAAAAUGCCAUUCUUGAUGCAGGCUGUUCUCAAGAAUAUCGAUGUGCGUGGAUCCACGAUGGGAUCUCGGAAAGAGUUCAAAGACAUGGUUGACUUCGUCAAGGCUAAGAAGGUCCACCCGGUUGUAUCGCGAGUUCUUAAGACCGAGAUUGAUGAUCUAAAGGGCAUGGAUGAGCUUUUUGAAGACAUGAAGAACGGUACACAAUUUGGCAAGUUGGUGAUUGAAUUUGGAGGGCACCCCUCAAGCAGCAAGCUUUAA